CAUAGAGAUUACAAUGUACAGUGACCUUGUACAACACUCAGACAUGCCUCUCGACAAUAUACAGACUAAGUAAUGGUAGAAAAUAUUAUCUGAUGGACAAAGUCCGUCAACAUAUAGUUAGUUAAAUAGAGACACAGAGAGACAGGAAGUGACAGUGAGAGAGGAACUAGGAAACUAAAAGAUAGCAGCUGAAGUCCUCUCACUAACUAAAUGGCUCUCGGAAUAUCAGGAACAAUCCUUCUAGCUACUUGCGUCACCAUCCUUCUGUACCUGAUCUCAUGGUGGCGUAAAGUAAGGGGAAAAAAUCUUCCCCCUGGACCUCCCCCGCUGCCUUUGCUGGGAAACCUUUUACAACUUGGCACCAAAGAAUUGCCCCAAUCCGUAGUGAAGUUGAGCAAGACUUAUGGGUCUGUAUAUUCCUUAUACCUGGGAGGUGAUUAUGCAGUGAUGCUGAUUGGUUAUGAUACCGUAAAGGAGGCUCUGGUGGACAACAGUGACUCAUUCAGUGACAGGGCAAAAAUGGAUAUAACCAACCUGUUCACAAAAGAUUAUGGGAUCAUAAUGAGCAAUGGAGAGCGAUGGAAAACCAUGCGUCGAUUUUCUCUCAUGACAAUGAGAAAUUUUGGAAUGGGGAAGAAAAGUGUUGAAGAGAGAAUCCAAGAGGAGGCAAAGUGUCUUACUGAGAUGUUUAGGAAUCAAAAUGGUGCUCCAUUUGAUCCAACCCACCUGUUAGGAUUGGCCGUCUCUAACAUAAUUUGUUCCAUUGUAUUUGGUGAGAGGUACGACUAUGAAGACAAGGAAUUUAUGUCGUUCUUGUCCUAUGUGAGGGAGAUGAUGAAACUAUUCAGCACAUCACUCGGUCAGCUUCUCAACAUCUUUCCAAAGUUAACAAAAGCUUUGCCAGGGCCUCAUCAAAAGAUUUUCAAAAUCUUUGACCAACUUAAACAGUUUGUGCUGGACCAAGUUAAAGUCCACAAAGAAAGCCUUGAUGAAAACCUCCCACGGGAUCUCAUCGACUGCUUCCUCAUAAGAAUGAACGAGGACAAGAAUCCCAACAAUGAGUUUCACUUUGAUAAUUUAUUUACAACUAUAGUUGACUUGUUCUUGGCUGGGACAGAGACUUCAGGCAUAACGCUGAGAUACAGCUUUUUGAUUCUUCUCAAAUACCCUGAUAUACAAGAGAAGAUCCACCAAGAGAUUGGCCGUGUAAUUGGUCAAGAUCGCUUGCCAUCAAUGGAAGACAGGGGCAAGAUGCCAUAUACAGAUGCUGUGAUCCAUGAAGUUCAGAGAUUUGCAGAUAUUGCUCCAUUAGGACUUGCUCAUGCCACCAGUAAAGAUGUGACCUUCAGAGGAUAUCACAUACCCAAGGGAACUAUGGUGUUUGCAGUUCUAACUUCUGUCCUGAAAGAUCCAAAAUAUUUCAAAAACCCACACCAGUUUGACCCAAAUCAUUUUCUGGAUGAAAAUGGCUGCUUUAAGAAAAAUGACGCUUUUAUGGCAUUUUCUGCAGGGAAACGCAUUUGUGUUGGGGAGGGUCUAGCACGUAUGGAACUCUUUCUGUUUCUCACCUCCAUCCUUCAGAAAUUCACUUUGAAACCCACAGUAGAUAGAAAGGACAUUGAGAUCACCUCAGAACCAAACACCAAUGGCACAAGACCUCGUACCUUCAAAAUGCACACCAUUCCUCGCUGAAGAGUCUGUAAAAAGCAAAAUCAUUUAUAUUAUCUUCAAGAACUUAUUUUUAAAAGAAAACAUAACCUGCACUAUAGUUGGAUAAACCUUAAACAACUCCAUAAAUUAUCUUAGCAAUAUGUAUUUCUUCAUUCUAGUUUAUUGGAUGUAUUGGAAACCAUUUUGUUCUUAGGUAAAAUCGUUUGGUUGACUUUAGGAACAUGAGUGUUAUGUAGGAAAGUUGUAUGUAUAAAAAAGUUUCAACAAUGGUAAGUCAAAGAAGGAUGAAAUACAUAUUUUGAGAUCACGCCAGAAUUUAACGGACAAUUAAAUACAGAGAAUUUGCAUAAUCAACAAGUGAAUAACAAAAAGAAAAUGCAAAAGCAAAAUUUACUUCAAUUUGCUGGCCCCCUGUGUCAUGUGACAGCCAUCAGCCAAUGUAGAUUUUCACUGUGAACUCUUGCACAUGCUCAGUAGUAACUGGUUCCUCAGAAAGUGUGCAUAUAUAAAUACUGUGGAAGCAAAUUGUAAAAUCUAUUAAAACUACAAACUCUAGCUAAACAAUGAAAGUUUAAUGUUGACUUUAGUAACUAAUAACAAUGGUUAAAAAUCAAUAAAAUUAUUUUCGGAGGA